GGUUUGUAGGAGGCGGAUAGAGUAGAGAGAUUAGAUUAGAUAAUAGUAGAAGAUAGAACGAAAGAACGAACUUAGAAGAAGCUGAGGCGGCGGGUGAGGAGUGAGUGUUGUUAUAUUCAUUCAAUUCAAUUGACACAGAGUGACAACAAACAAGUGAAUAAUGAAAUCAAUGGCGUCUUCUCAAUCUUCGAACAAUUUAUGGGUAUUGCUGGGUUUGGGUUUAGCAGGAAUUUAUGUUUUAACCAGAAAGCUUAAGCAAACUGUGAAAGAGGAUUUGGGUGCUUUCAUUCAAAAGCUUCAGUUGCUUCCUCCUCCGCCUCCCGCUCCUCCCAAAGCUCCUCAUCCACUCACUUCCCUCACUUUCGCCAUCUCCGACUUAUUUGACAUAGAAGGACACGUGUCUACGUUUGGUCAUCCGGAGUGGGCAAGGACGCACGAACCUGCUUCUUCUACUUCACCUGCAGUUUCUACUCUUGUUCAAUCUGGUGCUACCUGUAUUGCUACUACCGUUCUCGACAACCUCUCUUACGGCAUCAGUGGCGAAAACAAGCAUUUCGGAACACCUAGCAACCCUGCUAUCCCCGCCCGUGUACCAGGCGGCUCCUCUAGUGGUGCUGCCGUUGCUGUUGCUGCUAAUUUCGUAGAUUUCUCUUUAGGUGUUGAUACUUCUGGAGGGGUGAGAGUGCCUGCUGGAUUCUGUGGGAUACUUGGAUUUCGACCUUCACAUGGUGCUGUUUCUCAUGGGGGAAUCAUACCUGUUUCAACAAGUCUGGACACUGUUGGUUGGUUUGCAAAGGAUCCUGAUAUACUGCGUAGAGUUGGCCAUAUACUUUUACAAGCACCCUUUGUUAUGCAACGAAGUCCCCGACAAAUAAUUAUAGCUGAUGACUGUUUUCAACAUCUAAAUGUUCCUCUUGACAGGAGUUCUCAAGUGGUGAUCAAAGCCACUGAGAAGCUUUUUGGAAAGCAAGUAUUGAAGCAUAUAAAUCUUGAAGGCUAUAUAAGAUCUAAAGUUCCCAGCUUGAAGGCGUGUUCUGGCCAAAAAGCAAAUGGUGAACUGAAAUCUUCUUCGUUGAUAUUGCUUGCCAAUAUUAUGCAAUUUCUACAAAGACAUGAAUUUGGACAUAUGCACGAUGAGUGGAUGAGCAUAGUAAAACCUGAUCUUCAUCCAGCUGUUUCAGCACAAUUGCAUGAAAAAUUUGAUGUAUCUGAAGUGGAGAUGGAAAACUCUAAAUCUGUUAGAAGUGAGAUGCGUGUUGCUGUAAAUUCACUUUUGAAGGACGAAGGAAUUUUGGUGAUCCCUACUGUAGCUGAUCCUCCUCCAAAAUUAGGUGGAAAGGAGAUCCUAUCACAGGAUUAUCAGAGCCGUGCAUUUAGCCUGCUAAGUAUUGCUAGCAUAUCAGGCUGCUGUCAGGUCACAGUACCAUUGGGAUUUUAUGACAAGUAUCCUGUUUCAGUUUCCCUGAUAGCUCGGUAUGGGGGUGAUCGCUUUUUGCUUGAUACGCUAAAGACCAUGUAUACAAGUCUACAAGAGCAGGCUGAUAUUGCUGCCACAAGUAAAGCAUCAAGAAAUGUUGUCAGCAAGGAACAAUCCGCUGAGAUUGCCAAAGAGAAGGGUAAUCAAGCCUACAAAGAUAAGCAGUGGCAGAAAGCCAUUGGAUUUUAUACUGAAGCUAUUAAACUCUGCGGCAAUAACGCAACAUACUACAGUAACAGGGCUCAAGCGUAUCUUGAACUUGGCAGUUAUCUCCAAGCUGAGGCAGAUUGUACAAAAGCAAUAAGUCUUGACAAAAAGAGUGUGAAGGCCUACUUCCGUAGAGGUACAGCUAGAGAGAUGCUGGGCUACUACAAAGAAGCAAUUGAUGAUUUUAAAUAUGCCCUUGUACUUGAGCCAACCAACAAAAGGGCUGCUUCAGCUGCUGAAAGAUUGAGGAAACUAUUUUAGUACAAGAUUUGAGAGCUGAAUAAUUGGUCUACAUUGGGGGUGACACCGCUGAUGCAUGAUGCUGGUUUUUAUGCCCUGAAGUGAUUGAUGAGUUUCUGGUUACAAUAAUCAUAUACAGGAAUAAUCUGACUCGUGGUUUCUGCCAAGAUGAUAUUGAUUCUUUUGUCAUUCGCGGCUCGGCAUUUUAUACCUGGUAACCAGAUUGAAUCCCAAUUUUGCUCGAGGUAAAUAUAUUAGGAUUGUAAUAUCAGUCAAAUGAGGCGAAUGCUCUUGGUAAUAGCUCAGGAUUCAGCUGUGCAUUUUUCUUAAAAAUACUUUGCACUUCACGGGAUUAUUAUUUUUUUGGUUGAUUGUACUUCACGGGAUUUUAAUCUUUGCUCAUGUAUGUCAAAAGUAGAUCAUGUUAACGCUAAAAAUAUUAAUAUUUCAUCUUGCAUACAGUUCUGGUCCCCUAUUUUACUAAA